GUCAUUUAGAAGUUAUCUUUAAAACGUAUAUCUACAAAUACGUUGAAAUCGUUGUGCCAAAGACAGCAAAGCAGUGAAGUCUUCUAAUUGUCGUUAGAAAAAUGAUCAGAUCGCUUACGAUGGAUUUCGACAAAAAUAGCAAUUUCGUCUUGACGCUUUGCUUUGCUGCAAGUUUAUUACUGUGCAAUGUUGACGCGGCACAUUGGGCUCAUUCUGCAGAUCUGAGCCCGGAUUACAGACUGCUCUGGACGCUGGGAUCACAAGAGAUAACGUUUGAAGUGCAAGUUAGGACUUUGGGUUACAUUGCUUUGGGAUUUGCAAGAGGCGACGAAGUCAGUGUUUCGGGAGCGGAUAUGGUCGUCGGCUGGGUGGAUAAUGGACAAGUGUAUUUCCAGGAUCGUCAUGUUAAGCCUGGAUACGACCGUGAACCUGAAGUUGAUCCUUCGCAGGAUUAUCAACUUCUUCUAGGUUACGAGAAUGCGACUCACACGGUCUUAAGAUUUAAGAGACGUCUAGACACUUGCGACAUUAGUCAUGACAUGCCGAUCACGAAUGACACAAUGCGUGUGAUGUGGGCUUUCCAUGCCUCCGAGCCGGUCUCGGGUGCAGUGGCACCAGGCUCCUUGCCUUAUGGAGCAUCGGUUGUCCGAGGGACCAGAUCUCUAUUUCUGGGCCAAAGAGUAAAUCAAAGCAAACCACCACCAGAGACGAAUUCUAGGGUUUGGGAACUCAGGAACCCAGAAGUAGAGCUUCCACAAGGCGAAGACACUUUGUACUGGUGUCGAGUCUUUAAGCUUCCAGAAAGUAUUAAUAAGAAGAGCCACAUGAUUCGGUAUGAACCUUUGCUCGAUCACGCAAGCAGUGCUCCUUACAUGCAUCAUGUGAUUUUGUAUGAAUGUCAGGGCAACAAUGGUGGAACAGGAUUGGAUUUGGAAACUAUGUCAAGGGAACGUGGUAGACCCUGCUAUCAACCAGAUAGUCCGCCCCUGUCUUGUACCACUGUGGUGGCAACUUGGGCUAGAGGAUCUGAGGGUUUCACCUUCCCUCAAGAAGCCGGCUACCCCAUCGAUCCGUCCUCUAAUCGCUUCUAUCUCAUGGAAACCCACUACAAUAACCCAUUCUAUUCCUCCAUGGAGCAAAUGUCAUCAAUUUCUGGUACGGGUGCCACCAUGGUCGACAGCUCCGGACUUCGGCUCUACUAUACUCCGAUUUUGAGGAAACAUGAUGCUGGAGUUCUUUCUGUAGGAAUGGAGCCUAAUUGGAGGCACAUAAUACCUCCAGCGCAAAAGGCAGUCAUUUCCGAGGCACAUUGCGUUUCCGAUUGUACCAAGAGAGCGCUGCCUCAGAAUGGUAUCAGCGUUUUUGCUGUUAUUAUGAGGACACAUAUGAUUGGAAGGAGGGUUCGACUACGUCAGAUCCGUCGUGGCACUGAACAGCCUCCAAUUUCGGCAGAUGGCAACCUCGACUUCGACUACCAAGAAUACAGACGACUUGGUUCACCUGUAAGGGUUCUUCCAGGUGAUCAUCUGAUUGCAGAAUGCACCUACGACAGUUCAGAACGUGCUGCAAUCACACUAGGGGGUCUUACAACCAGAGAAGAAACUUGUCUAGUUUUUGCCUUGUAUUAUCCUAGACAAAAAGAAUUGACGUCUUGUCAUUCCUUGCCCAGUUUGCCAACGGUCUUGCACUCUUUGGGGAUUCAAGAACUUCAUUCUGGAUCCAAUCCAAUAAGGAUUGCUCGUCCUCCUGAAUUGGCUGGCAUGACUUUGGAAUCUCGGCUGGUGUCUUACGAUUGGGAAAAUCAGCUUGACAGUUUCCAAGAAGCGACCAGAAGAGGAUCCUUCAAACCUCUCUGUUGGACAUCAAAGCCAUCUUUAUUGCCGGGUACCGAGAAUUUAGAGUCCCACUACCCCAACAUCACCCGGCCUUACAUCGCUCCUGAUUCCUGUGGGAGAGUCACCUCCAGCAUACCAGGAGCUGCCGUCCUCCUGGAUGACAACCACAUAGAAGGAGCAGCCAGGAGUAAAGUCUCAAGGAGCAGUGCUGGCCAACAAGGGGAAACUUUGGGUCUCAGUUCUUCGGACAAAGUCCGAACGAGGUGGCAGUAUGUCGCAGCAAUUGUGUUAACUGUGUUCUUGGUGCUGUGAUUACAGUAAAUAUAAAACAGAAAAAACUGCUAAAAAUAUAUUGUACAUAAUAAUUGAUCGAUUGAGUGCGGUAAUGAUAGAUGUAGAUAAUUUUUGAAUAAUAUUGAAUGUGUAGAUAGAUUUUUUGAAAAUGCGAGUUUGUAUGUGUGCAUGAGGAUUUUGAUGUUUGUA